UACAGCCAGGCGGCAUUCGGAAGAGACGUUCAUGGACGUCUUCCACGCCGAGGCGGCUCCCGGAGCGCUAGUGUGUGUUAGCAGAGAAUAAUCAACGUUUAAAAAGAAAAUAACAACACAGCCAUGUUGGAUUUUUUUUAAGGAGCAAGAGCUAGCUUCGCGGCUAUAUAAGAAUCCCCUCGCGCGUGGACUCGAGAACCAAAUAUGACGUCCAAAAUGUCCAGAUUAAAUGUACAAGAUGGUGAACUGGUCGUUAUUAACGCAUCAAAUGCCGUAAAACAGCGAGCACUUUCGCAACGUAUCCACGACGAGACGGCUGCCAUUACUGUCUUCUCCUACAGCGGUGAAACACACUGCUAAUAUCCUUCCGCGUUUUCGCUCCUUAGAGGGGGAGGGGGAUUUGGAAAAAAACACCCACAUUUUAGUCAAAGUCCACCAUUAAAAAUAACAUUAACACACACGCGAUUGUGACAUGUGCGUAUAGUUAUUUUUCAGUGGUUGCUUGCGGUGUUUAGUGAUCUGAGCCGUUUCAUGCGCACUAGACUUGGCGCCGAGCGGAGGAGCACGUCAAGUGGAGCCGGGCCUGUUUUCUGUGGUGUUGAAUGGAGGCAGCCUCUUCCUGGUGGAUAAACAGUGACAGCUACAGGGCAGCUACCGACACCGAGCGGCCCGGCUCCGGCGCUGCUGCCCUCCUCGACAAAACAUGGCUUCGGAUAGUCAUCACAUGGCACGGCUAACUUCUGAGCUCUACUUCCUAAUCGCCCGCUUUCUGGAGGCAGGGCCGUGCCAAAAAGCAGCCCAGACGCUGAUAAGGGAGGUGGAGGAUCAGGAGCUGCUGCCCAAAAGGCUGGACUGGACCGGGCAGGACCACCCCGGGACAUAUGACAAUUUGGUGAAGCUUCACCAGCACAUCACUCCAGACCACCUGCUGCAGGUGUGCUCCAGAGUGUGUCCUCUGCUCGAGCGGGAUGUCCCGGCCAGCAUUCCGGGACUUACCAGCCUGCUUGGGGCCGGAAGACAGAAUCUUCUCCGCACCAAUAAGAGUUGCAAACAUGUAGUAUGGAAGGCUUCAGCACUGGCUGCACUUCACUGUGGACGACCACCAGAGCCCCCCAUCAUCUAUGGGAGCCCACCUAACAUCGUGGAGACAUGUCACGGCCGUCGACUGAACGGCUCCUACCGCCUGCAGCAGUUGGUGCCAACCGCUGUCUACCAGCACAUGAAGAUGCACAAGAGGAUCCUGGGACACCUGUCGUCCGUCUACUGCGUCACCUUCGACAGAACGGGACGCCGCAUAUUCACUGGCUCCGAUGAUUGUCUGGUGAAGAUCUGGGGGACAGAUGACGGGCGUCUGCUGGCGACGCUCCGGGGCCACGCCGCCGAGAUCUCCGACAUGGCGGUCAGCUACGAAAACACAAUGAUCGCCGCUGGAUCCUGUGACAAAACCAUCCGAGUGUGGUGCUUGCAGACGUGCGCGCCUUUGGCCGUCCUGGAGGGCCAUGCGGCGUCCAUCACCUCGCUGCAGUUUUCUCCUUUGUGUAGCGGCUCCAAGCGCUACCUGUCCUCCACGGGUGCUGAUGGCACCAUCUGUUUCUGGCAGUGGGAUGCACGCACACUCAAGUUUGGUCAGAGGCCCAGUAAAUUCACAGAGCGUUCCAGACCCGGCGUCCAGAUGAUGUGCUCGUCCUUCAGUGCAGGUGGAAUGUUCCUGGCCACGGGAAGCACUGACCACAUUAUCAGGGUCUACUACUUUGGUUCAGGACAACCCGAGAAGAUCUCAGAGCUGGAGUCCCAUACAGACAAAGUUGACAGCAUCCAGUUUUCACACUGCAGUGACCGGUUUGUGAGUGGCAGUCGGGAUGGCACAGCGCGAAUUUGGCAGCUGCAUCCGCAGGGCUGGAGGAGCAUUCUGCUGGACAUGCAGACCAAAUUGCCAGGGAAGUACAACCCACCUCCGCUGGAAGACAAGGUGACCAAGCUGAAAGUCACCAUGGUGGCGUGGGAUUGCCACGACGGUACGGUGAUAACGGCAGCCAACAAUUUGACACUGAAGGUGUGGAAUUCCAUCAGCGGAAACCUUGUCCACAUCUUGAUGGGUCACGAGGACGAGGUGUUUGUCCUGGAGCCGCACCCCUUUGAUCCCAGGAUCCUUUUCUCAGCGGGGCAUGACGGGAAUUGCAUCGUGUGGGACCUGGCCAGAGGAGUCAAGAUACGCUCCUAUUUCAACAUGAUUGAGGGGCAAGGGCAUGGGGCGUUGUUUGACUGCAAGUGUAGUCCAGACGGCCAACAUUUUUCCGCCACCGAUUCCCAUGGUCACUUGCUAAUUUUUGGCUUUGGCUCCAGCAGCAAGUACGACAAGAUCGCUGACCAGAUGUUCUUCCACACCGACUACCGUCCACUGAUUCGCGACGCCAACAACUACGUAUUGGACGAGCAGACUCAGCAGGCACCCCACCUCAUGCCCCCUCCCUUCUUGGUAGACGUGGACGGUAACCCCCACCCACCGAGAUAUCAGCGACUGGUGCCCGGCAGGGAGGGCUGUAGGGAUGAGCAGCUCAUACCGCAGAUGGGUGUUACCUCCUCAGGUCUUAACCAAGUGGUCAGUGAGCAGGCGGCGGACAGUCCCAGUCCCCUGGACACCAUGAUCCAGAGACUGCAGCAGGAACAGGACCAAAGACGAGUCUCCAAUGAGACACCUGCUCUUGCUGCUCAAGCGCCAGCUGCUGCUACUGCAAGCACCCGAGUCAGCAGAGGGUCGGUUGGUUCUCCAACAGAAGUCCACUCUCCGCCCAACGUGGGCCUCCGUCGCAGCGGGCAGAUUGAAGGCGUCCGCCAAAUGCACAGCAACGCCCCUCGCAGCCAGAUGGCCACCGAGGGAGACCUGGUGGCCUGGAGCCGCAGGGUGCUGGUGCCCGAGCUGGAGGACGCUUCUGUCAGGAGACAGGUCAACUGGCGAGAGGCUAAAGGGGAGGAAGAGAUUAAUAUUUACCAGUUGGAGCGCCGGAGACGCACAAUCCACUCUCUACCUAAGGAGAGCAGAGCUAAUCCCACAUCAGAGUCUGUAGCUGACGAGGGGAGACGGAGUCAGGGUAACCAUGGUUACCAGACCCGGGCUGCCAUGGAGGAGACAAGCCGCCAGAGCGCAGAGGCUGCUGACGAUGACGAGAGCGCCUCUGAGGGCGAAGGUGCGGAGGUGCGGCAGAUAAACGGACAUUCGUCAGAGGAAGAGAAGGAAAAGGACGGAGAAGAAAAAGAGCCAUGGCCAGAUGAUCACAGCAGUUCAAGCGACUACUCCAGCGAUUAUUCAGACUGGACAGCGGACGCCGGCAUCAACCUUGAGCCGCCUAAGAAGAGCGUAAAAGUGAAGAAGAAGAGUAGCAGUUCCGAGGAGGACAGCGACAAGAAGAGGGACCCCAAGAAGGAACGCAAAAAAGACAAAGCCGACAAGGACGGCUCCUCACCAAAAAAGAAGCCAAAGGAGAAGAGAAAGAGGGCGGAGCUUCAGGAGCAAGGACUGACCUUGGAAGAGUGGCUCCCCUCUUCCUGGAUCACAGACUUACUCCCCCGCAGGUGUCCUUAUAUUCCCCAGAUGGGAGAUGAGUUGUACUACUUCCGCCAAGGCCACGAGGCUUAUGUGGAGAUGGCCAAACAGAAGAAGAUUUACUGUAUCAACCCUAAAAAGCAACCCUGGCAUAAGAUGGAGAUGCGGGAGCAAGAGCUGAUGAAGAUUGUCGGUAUUAAGUAUGAGGUAGGCUUACCUACGCUGUGCUGCCUUAAGCUCGCCUUCCUUGACCCGGACACCGGGAAACUUACCGGAGGAUCCUUCUCUAUAAAGUACCAUGACAUGCCGGAUGUCAUUGACUUCCUGGUGUUGCGUCAGCAGUUUGACAACGCCCGGAAGAGGCAGUGGAGUAUAGGUGACAGGUUUCGCUCUGUGAUCGACGACGCCUGGUGGUUCGGGACCAUCGAGAGUCAGGAACCGUAUCAGUCACAGUACCACGACAGUCUGUUUCUCUGCUACAGUGUCUGUUGGGAUAACGGAGACACCGAAAGGAUGAGCCCGUGGGACAUGGAGCUCAUUCCUGAUGAAGCCUCCUUCCCAGACGAGCUGGGCACGAGUGUCCCGCUCACCGAGGAGGAGCAUCGGGAGCUCCUGUACGUGCCACUAGAUGGUGAGUGGGGCUGCCACACGCGCGCAGAGGAGUGCGAGCGCGUCAUCAAUGCCAUCGACCAGCUCUGCACCCUGGACAUUGCGGCGCCAUUUGCUUUUCCUGUGGACCUGCAAGCUUACCCCACGUACUGCACGGUGGUGGCUUACGUCACUGACCUCAGCACCAUACGCCAAAGGCUCGUCAACCGCUUCUACAGACGAGUGUCGUCUCUGAUGUGGGAGGUCCGUUACAUCGAGCACAAUGCCCAGACGUUUAACGAGCCGGGGUCCUUCAUCGUCACCACAGCCAAGUUUGUCUCUGACCUCAUGCUGCAGUUCAUUAAGGACCAAAGUCUGACAGACCUUAUGCCACUCUACAAAAGCAUGAAGAAGGCCACCUUCUCCGACUCCGAAGACGAGGAUGAGGAAGAGGUGGAUGAAGAUAAUACCAUACCUGGAACCUCUGCACAAAACCACAAGGGGAGGCGGCCGAUGCAACGCCAGCUUCGGACCCGGCCACACGCGUAUAACCCGCAAGCGUGGCGAGGACGCUGCAAGGAGCUUCUGGACCUUAUCUUUCAAUGCGAAGACUCGGAACCCUUCAGAGAACCUGUGGACCUGCAGGAAUACACGGAUUACCUCCAAAUCGUGGACUCGCCUAUGGACUUUGGCACUGUCCUCAACACGCUAGUUGAAGGAAAGUACCAGUCGCCUAUUGAGCUCUGCAAAGAUGUCCGCCUUAUUUUCAGCAACUCCAAAGCGUACACGCCUAGCAAGAAGUCAAGGAUCUACAGCAUGAGUCUGAGGCUCUCUGCGCUCUUUGAGGAGCAUGUGAGCUCCAUCUUGGCGGACUACAAGGCCAUCCACGGCCUAUCAGACAAACUGACUCGACGGUCGGCCGAGCGCCAGAACCGGCAGGCGACCGACCGGCCCACGCGGCACAACGUGAAGAGGCGGCGCCGCAGUGAGUCUCCCACCAGUAGCACAGCAUCAAGCCCUGAGAGGAAGAGGCGGGUCUCGUCUCGCGUGAUGAGCCGACGGGAGCCGUCGCCUCCCUUGCGGCCCCUCUCACUGAGACAAAACCUCCCCGUGAAGCCGACGCCGCAACUACUCAACGGUAAGACGGACACGCAGACAGCGGGGCGCACACGCAGCGCCGCACGCCACCUUACACACUCGCCGCUGUCGUCGCACAACGUCACUGGCCAAACGGCGAGUGCUGCAGAGUCGACACGCUUGUUGCGGACUCAUAACUCAGUCUCUGCCUCCUCGCCACUGGCUGCUGAGAGGACAGUGCCUAUUACUCCUGCUGUGGACAGCAGCGUUGGGGGAAGCACCAGGCGGAAACUGAGGACGCCUGUGAGACGUAUGUCAGGCUCCCCUGAAAGCCCCCCCUCCCAGAGUACAGCCCACCUAAACGGCCACAGUCGCCACCCGAGCGCCAGCACUGGAAGGAAGAACCGUAAAUCCAGAACGGAGCCACAGGAGAGUCCUCCAGCAAGCCCCUCUCGGCCGCGAGGUCGCCCCCCAAGCAAGAAAGGCAAGAGGAGCAAGGUGGAACCUGACGACGGUGACAAGAGCGUCCACUACACAGGCUCCAACCUCGAUGAUGAACUGGAACAAUCCACAGGCGACGAAGGCGGGACAUCAUCAGCGCAGGAGACAUCCGUCCUGUCAGACUCUGGCGCCGCAUCCACUCCCAGGAGGCGUGGCCGCCCACGAGUGGUCAGGACUGAAGAGGCAUCUCCACCCCCUCUUCCUCCCCCUCCCCCUCCCCUUCCACCACCUCCUCCUCCUCCUCCUCCAGAAGAGUCCCCUGAGCCGUCGCUGAGGAGGAGCAGCAGGCGAGCGCAUGACGAUGUCACUUCUCCUCCUCGGACCCAAAAAGGCACUCGGAGGGAGGACGAGGAGGCGGCGGCAGAGGGGGAGAAUGAUGAUGAUGAGGAAGGGGCAGCAGGCUCCAUGCGUACGCGUAACCAAGGGCGACGCUCGGCGUGGUACAUGGAAGAGGACUCUGAGGAGGAGCAGAGGCAGCUGCUCUUUGAAGACUCGUCCAUCACUUUCGGGACCUCCUCCAAAGGACGUGUACGCAAGCUGACCGAGAAGGCAAAGGCCAACCUGAUUGGCUGGUAGCGCACACGCUCGUUAGCCAGCAGCUGCUAAUCCCUCAACACCCCCCACCUCCAACCCCCACUCCUCAUAUAUUGGUCCAUGUUGGAUCCCCCUCCCCCAAGCUGCCUCCUUGUCCAUCAGACCUUAACCACCUUUGAGGUGAAGCUCAAGUUAAGUACUUGAAAGAAAAGACGCCAGGCGCGCUUGUUUUAUGGAACUUUUGUUGGUGGGUGGAGUCAAAGACACCCACUUCAGUUGAGAGCCUCGGCCCCUCCUUCCUCGCUUUUAUACACGCCUUCUCACCUUUUCGCUUUUCUAAAAAUUUUUAUGUGAUGCUCAUUCCUCCUAUGGAAGUCUUACUUGCACGUGUGUGUGUGCGUGUGUGCGUGCGUGCGUGCGUGUGUGUGUGUGUGUGUGUGUGUGUGGGCGUGUGGCAUCAUUGUCCAAUGAAUAACAUUUACUUUAUCGAAUUAACCUUUUUUGCAAAAAAAUAAUUAUACUGUACCGCAGCAGGUCUCCAAGGUGAACAGCCUCUGGCAUGUUAGAACAAUGUCCAUACAAUACAGGCCAAAAGUUUGGACACAGCUCAUUUCAAUACGUUUUCUUUAUUUUCAUGACUAUUUACCUUGUAGAUUGUCACUGAAGGCAUCAACACUAUGACACCUGUGAAGUGAAAACCCUUUCAGGUGACUACCUCUUGAAGCUCAUCAAGAGAAUACCAAGAGUGUGCAAAGCAGUAUUUAGAGCAAAGGGUGGCUAUUUUGAAGAAACUAGACUAUGAAACAUGUUUUCAGUUAUUUCACCAUUUUUUUGUUAAGUACAUAACUCCACAUGUGUUCAUUCAUAGUUUUGAUGCCUUCAGUGACAAUCUACAAUGUAAAUAGUCAUGAAAAUAAAGAAAACACAUUGAAUGAGAAGGUGUGUCCAAACUUUUGGCCUGUACUGUAUGUGUAUAUAUGUGUGUGUGUGUGUGUGUGUGUGUGUGUGUGUGUUUGUAUGUAUAUAUAUAUAUAUAUA